UUCAAGUUCCGUGUGAAUAUAACUGAGAUCCCUGCAAAACUUCCUCUCUCGUUGCCUGCUAAGGUACUGGAAAGAUGAAUUUCAGAGUGAAGCUGCUUCGUUCCUCUUCAGUUCUUGCUCAUUUAUGCUGUAAUUGCUUCAUCAUUUUCUUCAUUUUACAAAAAUCAAUAGCUCAAACUGCCACUACUGAUCCUGCAGAAGUGAAGGCGUUGAAUGCAUUAUUUCAAGAAUGGGGUGUGCAAGCACCGGCAGGAUUAUGGAACAUAAGUGGAGAGCCAUGUACUGGAACUGCCAUUAAUGGAACUAAAUUGGAGGACCACACUGUUGCAAUCACAUGCAACUGUAGCUUUAACAAUAAUACAACCUGCCAUAUCACUCAAUUGAGAGUAUAUGCUCAGGACAGCACAGGAACUAUCCUUGAAGACUUAGCAACUUUGCAAUAUCUUACGUAUAUUGGAAUUGAUCGAAAUUACAUGUCUGGUACCUUCCCUGCUUUUAUUGGAAAUUUAACUCAGUUGAUAUAUUUGUCAUUGGGCCACAAUGAAUUUACUGGGCCAAUCCCAAAGGAGCUUGGAAACCUGAAGGAGUUAUAUUUUCUGGCUUUUGGAUCCAACAAUUUCACUGGGUCACUCCCUCCUGAACUGGGUAACUUGGCCAAACUAGAAAACUUUUUCAUGGAUAGUUCUGGAAUUGGUGGGGAAAUUCCCUCGACAUUUGGUAAUCUUCGAAGUUUGAAAAAAAUGUGGGCAUAUGAUUGUCCGUUGACGGGAAAGAUCCCUGAUUUCAUUGGGAACUGGACUAAGAUUGAAUCUCUGAGAUUUGGAGGGAACAAACUUGAAGGUCCUAUACCAUCCAGUUUUUCUAAAUUGAUCUCUUUAAACACCUUGCAAAUCACUGAUAUAUACAAUGGGAGCUCCUCUCUUGAUUUUAUUAGGAGAAUGACGAACUUAACUGACUUAUCUCUAAGAAAUGCUUUGAUCAGCGGGGGCAUUCCUUCUACCAUUGGAGAACUCCAAAUGUUAACAACUCUGGAUUUGAGUUUCAACAACUUAAUUGGUCAAGUCACUAGUGCGUUGUUCAGUAUUGAUACUCUUACUCACUUGUAUCUUGGAAACAAUAGUCUGUCAGGAUCCCUUCCUCAGCAAAAAAGUGUAAAUCUUCAAACCAUAGAAUUAUCUUACAAUUAUCUAUCAGGAACUUUUCCCAGCUGGGUGACGACUGUAGCACUGCUGAAUCUAGUGGGCAACAACUUCACAUUUGACAGUUCAAACAUCAGUGUUAUCCCUGGAUUGAACUGUCUCCAGAGAGACUUCCCCUGCAAUAAGAAUGCUCCUCGCUAUUCAAGGUUUGCAAUCAACUGUGGUGGUAAACAGUUGAAAGUUGGCAAUACAGUGUAUGAGGCUGAUGAUAGUGGAGUUUCUUUUAACGUGCUAAAUUCUGAAAAAUGGGCACUUAGUAAUGUGGGCUUGUUUUCUGAGGGACAAUUUACCACACUCAUUCCAAAUUCAGGGUCAGAAGUGGUUAACACCACAACUCCAGAUCUUUAUCAGACUGCAAGACAAUCCCCUGGGUCACUUAGAUAUUAUGGACUUGGUCUUCAGAAUGGGCCUUACAAUGUAAGCUUGUUCUUUGCUGAAAUAAUUUAUGAAGAUCGAACCUCAAGAAAAUGGGGGAGUCUUGGAAGGCGUGUUUUUGAUGUUUAUGUACAGGGAACUCGCCAAUUGAUGGAUUUUGACAUAACAAAGGAGGCAGGUGGGGUUAGAAGAGCAAUUAGCAGAAGCUUUGAUGCUAAUGUGACUGAUAACCAUUUAGAAAUUCACCUGUUUUGGGCUGGUAAAGGGACCUGCUGUGUACCUGCUGCAGGUAGUUAUGGACCACUAAUUUCAGCUAUUAGUGUCACUCCAGAAUUCCGAGCAACUGUUGGCCUUGAAGAAAAGAAUAACCAGGCUGGGUUGAUUGUUGGUAUUACAGUCCCUCUUGUGAUUUUGGGCUUCAUACUGAUAUUUUUAGUUUUUUACUUGAGGAUGAGAAAAGACAAAGAUGACACAGAAGUACUACUUGGAAUAGGACCUAAACCGACAACUUUCACUUAUGCUGAGUUGAAAUCUGCAACAAAAGACUUUGAUGUUUCAAAUAAGCUAGGAGAGGGAGGAUUUGGGCCUGUGUAUAAGGGUACGCUUUCUGAUGGAAGGGUGAUUGCUGUGAAGCAACUUUCUCAAGGAUCGCACCAGGGGAAAAAUCAGUUUAUUAAUGAGAUUUCUGCCAUUAAUGCAGUGCAACAUCGUAAUCUUGUGAAAUUGUAUGGAUGCUGCAUUGAGGGAACUAGGCGCCUCCUCGUUUAUGAAUAUCAUGAAAACAAAAGCCUUGAUAAAGCAUUGUUUGGAAUUAGGGCUUUACAUCUCGAUUGGCCCACCCGAUUUAAAAUAUGCUUGGGAACUGCAAGAGGUCUAGCAUACCUUCAUGAGGAGUCAAGGCCGAAAAUUGUACAUCGAGAUGUCAAAGCAAGUAAUAUUUUACUUGAUACAGAACUCUCUCCCAAGAUAUCAGAUUUUGGAUUGGCAAAACUGGUUGAUGAUAAGAAAACUCACAUCAGCACAGGAGUUGCAGGAACCAUUGGCUAUUUGGCACCAGAGUAUGCAAUGCGUGGACACCUGACAGAAAAGGCUGAUGUAUUCAGUUUUGGCAUCGUUACUUUGGAGAUUAUCAGUGGAAGAGCAAACUCUGAUACUAGCUUGGAUAGGGAAAAAGUUUAUCUUCUUGAAUGGGCCUGGAGUCUUCAUGAAAGCAACCACAUUUUGGGGCUGGUUGAUCCCACACUAACAGAAUUUGAUGAAAAUGAAGCUCUUAGAGUAAUAGCUGUGGCUCUCUUGUGCACACAAGCAUCACCAAUGCUUCGGCCGCCCAUGUCACGGGUUGUGAACAUGCUUACUGGAGAUGUAGAAGUAGAAGCUGUUACAUCAAAGCCAAGUUAUUUGUCUGAUUGGGAUUUUAACGAUGCAACAAAUUCCUUUCCGAACUACAAUCUUGAUGCAUCUUCUUCUUCGGCAAGUUACAGCAAGAAUAAAAGUGACAAUCCAACUGAUCUCAGCCCAGGAGUCAACCCAUUAAAUUCGCCUUUAAAUAUCAGUCAAUUCAGAGAUGCAAUAUCUGAGGGAAGGUAAGAAAUAUCUUCACUCACUGAAUCUGGGAGAAUUAUACACCUCAUUUUGCCUUCUGUGUUUCUUGUGUGGAUAGCUUUUUCUAUUCUGCCGUUGAUGAUGCUGCAAUAACUUAAUUUAUUGAUGAUUUUGGCUGCAUUUUUAAACUCAAAACUGAAGUAGAACUUUUAGUGUUGGAGAUGUUUUCAUUGUAUACCAGUAAUAUAAGACAACUGAUUUUUUCAUGCUGAGUGUACAGAGAGGAAUUUCAAUGUGUUCAUUCCUGAUACAUCUCUUCUGUAUGUAUUUUCAUUUGGAGCUUCUGUAAGUAAGGUGAACAUCAUAUUGCGCUGUUUUUUUUGUAA